UCAAAAUUUUACCAUAAACCGUCAUUCUACAAGAUCUUCCGGGAAUGUCAAAACUUUACGUAUUGAGAACGAAAAGUUACGUUCUCAAAUUAAAAUGAUGAGCCUUAAAUGUGAGCUUCAACAACAAAGUACUAAAAUAAUAGAAGAAGCAGCUAUAAAGCAUGAAUCUACUGUGCGAUUUCUGCUUAAACAAAUGAACAUGGAAUAA